GAGGGAAUGCGCAGGCUCGGAAACUGCUUCCGGGAUGAAGUACUGCGCUUGCGCAUCCCCGCCCUUUUCCUUCUCCCGCUGCAGCAGCGGCUCAGGGCUGCAGGGGUGAGGUAUGGUGGUCGGUACGGUUCAGCCAGAAGUCCUUCAAAAAUGACUUUCAUGCCUGCAUAGCUCAAGACUUGAAUCCUCACCAAUGGACCUGGUUGGUUUUGGUUAUGCAGCCCUUGUGACAAUUGGAAGUAUUUUGGGAUAUAAGCGAAGAGGCGGAGUUCCAUCUUUGAUUGCUGGUCUUUCUGUUGGGGUUUUGGCAGGCUAUGGAGCCUACCGUGUCUCAAAUGACAAACGGGAUGUCAAAGUGUCAUUGUUUACAGCUUUCUUCCUGGCCACCAUAAUGGGUGUGAGAUUCAAGAGAUCCAAGAAAAUAAUGCCUGCUGGGCUGGUUGCAGGCUUAAGCCUCGUGAUGAUCCUGAGACUGGUCCUGCUAUUGUUGUAGCACCUAGAGGAGCCAAGACCCAACCUCCCGUCAUUCCACUGUACCUGGCAGAGCAGCUUCUUCCAUUUAAAAGAUCUGUUUAAAGAGGUGGUAAAUUUCUUACACUGAAAUGGAAGUACAUUGUCACCUGAAAUUUAAAAGCUAAUUGGCAAUAUUUGCUUGCCCCUCCCCCUUUUAAUUUAAAGCAGAAGUUUCAGCUGUUUCCUUCUGCCCACCCUGGUCUUUGAUGGGUUGUUACGUAGUCAUUUGCUUUCUCUCAUCUUGUGGGUGGAAUUUGGGGGGGGGGGGGGCUUCCUGUUUUCUGCUCUUGAUAGUUCCAAGCUCUUAUGGCUCAAAUAAGAUGAACGGCGACCUGUCAUGUCAUGGGUUCCCUGGAGUGAACCACAGACUGUUGAUGAUGUGUAUGUCACUUGAUACCCUUGCGAUUUUAUUUGUGUUGUUGUGAGGGAUUUUUGCAUCGACGGAAUUCCGUCCUCAACUCAUCAGUGGUGUAACGGAGUGCAUUCAGUAUUCAAAUAAAAUACCUUUUAUCGUAA